CCUGGUCGCCCGCCGGAUCGCUCAGUGGCCCUCGGGCGGCUUCGGCGGUGGCGGUGGCGGCGGCGGCUCACACUGCCCUCCUUCAGCGCCCCCAGCCCUCCCUUCGUCCUGCUCCUCGCGGCGCCCUCAGAGUUGUCAAGGUGACCCCCUAGCAACAGAAGAGGAGGAAGAGUGCCAGCAUGGGAAGCGGCCUGGCAUGGCUGCCCCUUGUCACCGGUUCCCUGCUCCCCUUCACCUUUCUCAUCACGUAUGUCUGGUCGGUAGUUACGGGGCAUGUUGAACCGGACUUCCCUUACAUCAGCGCCACGGGGACCUUCCCGCCAGAGAGCUGCUUCUUCGGACAAAUGCUUAACAUUGCCGCUGUGCUGAUGGCAGCAUUGGUGUGGGUGAGGCACAAGAUAAUCCUCGACUACUGCGCCAAGAACAUUGCCCCGAAGACGCUUCCGUCCAGGAGCAAAUUGGCCUCCUUCUUCGGGUAUGCAGCUUCCCUUGGGAUCUCUUUGGUUGGGAACUUUCAGGCCACCAAUUUCACAAGCAUUCACCUUCUUGGCGCCUGCCUGGCUUUCGGGGUGGGAAAUUUAUACAUAUGGAUGCAGGCGGUGAUGUCGUACAGUCUGGAGCCGCGAGUGAACAGCCGAGCAGUAUCACAUUUACGUGUCAUCUGCUCCUUCCUUGCCAGCGCCAUGUGCGUCGUAACAGUCGUCUUCAGUUACCUACACUCACGAGACAACAAAGACGUGGCUUACUGGACAGCAGAGCAUAGCUGGAUGAGAGAACGAAACAGCUGGGCCUAUCACGUGGUGGCCACAGCUUCGGAGUGGGUCCUUGCUGGUGCCUUUUACGUUGUCUUGUUGACCCUUGUCCCAGAGUUCAAGCGUGUGACGGUGCAGGGGAUGGUGGUGGAGCUGGAGAGAGACCGCAGACAAGUAAGAGGAGACGACAGCCG